CAAUCAUACACUACUCUCUCAUUCACUACCCUAAACAAAUAUCAUCUAUUUCAUUUCUCAUUGAGUGGUGCACUUGCAACACUUUUCUCGAGAUAAUUAAUAAUGGAGGGACGGAGUUUGUGCUCACUAAUGUUUCUUUUGCUUGCUUUGGCCACUCUGAACGUUGUGCAUGGCCAAGGGACGCGUGUAGGGUUCUAUGCAAGAACAUGUCCUCGCGCUGAGUCCAUUGUUAGGUCCACAGUUCAAUCCCAUGUUAGGUCUGAUCGUACUUUGGCUGCUGGGUUGCUUCGGAUGCACUUUCACGAUUGUUUUGUGCAAGGUUGUGACGGUUCUGUUCUCAUUGCUGGUGCUGGCACUGAGAGAACAGCAUUUGCAAACCUUGGUGUAAGAGGAUACGAGGUUAUUGAUGAUGCCAAAACACAGCUAGAGGCUGCAUGCCCCGGUGUGUCUUGUGCUGAUAUCCUUGCUCUUGCUGCUCGUGAUUCUGUAUUUCUGAGUGGUGGAUUGAGUUGGCAAGUGCCUACUGGACGCAGAGAUGGACGCAUAUCACAGGCUUCUGAUGUGAGUAACUUGCCUGCUCCUUUUGACUCUGUUGAUGUUCAGAAACAAAAGUUCACAGCAAAGGGACUCAACACACAAGACCUCGUCACCCUUGUUGGUGGUCAUACGAUUGGUACUACAGCUUGCCAGUUCUUCAGCAACAGAUUGUACAACUUCACUGCAAAUGGUGCUGACUCUUCAAUCAACCCUUUAUUUCUUCCUCAGCUAAGAACAUUGUGCCCGCAAAACGGUGGUGAUUCAAACCGAGUAGCUCUUGAUACCGGUAGUGAAAACAGAUUUGACACAUCAUUCUUUGGCAAUUUGAGAAAUGGGCGUGGAAUUCUGCAGUCUGAUCAAGCGCUUUGGAACGAUCCUUCCACCAAGUCAUUUGUACAGGGUUACUUGGCCUCCAAACCCUCGCUUUUCAAUGUGGAAUUUGCAAAAGCUAUGGUGAAGAUGAGCAACAUUGAGUUGAAGACUGGAACCAAUGGUGAAAUUCGCAAGAUAUGUUCUGCCUUUAACUAGCUAACUACCAUGGUUUAGAAAAGUGUACGAUACGCAUUUGUGGUCCGGUUUUUCUUUUUUUUCCAAAUUGUAAAAGUUACAGAACUAAUGUUGUAGGCCUUUUUUUUUCUAUUUGUGUUUGUGUAACUGUAGUUCUCAUGUUGGUUGAGCAAUUAACAUGCACUCCUUGAAUUUUAUGAAA